CCCCGCUCUCUCGCUCUCUCUCGAGACAGCAGCUUCUUCGUCUUCUUCUUCUUCUUCGAUGAUGGAUGUUGAUGAUGCAUCCAUCUUUCUCUCGCUCUCUCGCUCCCUUGUCGCCAAGCCAAGCCAUCCUUGCGUUGCGCUGCGUCGGGGUUUCAAUUCGAUCUCUCGCUUCCAAUCGAUUGCCGUUGUGGAUUUUGCCUCGCACUGCUCAGAGUUCCUUUCUGGGUUUUUGAGUGGGUAAAUUUUUAGGUCGCACGUUUGGGAGAAGGGCAGCACAGAACGCAACCAUGUCGGCUCGUAAGAGAACCUUGUUGAAGGUCAUCAUCCUCGGCGAUAGCGGGGUUGGGAAGACAUCGCUGAUGAAUCAAUAUGUUAACAAGAAGUUUAGCAACCAGUAUAAGGCCACGAUUGGAGCAGACUUUUUGACAAAAGAGGUGCAAGUCGAAGACAGACUUGUGACAAUGCAGAUUUGGGACACAGCCGGACAAGAGCGGUUUCAGAGCCUUGGCGUUGCCUUUUAUCGGGGUGCAGACUGUUGUGUUCUUGUUUACGAUGUCAAUGUUAUGAAGUCCUUUGAUAAUCUGGACAACUGGCGGGAUGAGUUCCUGAUUCAGGCAAGUCCAUCGGAUCAAGAAAACUUCCCUUUUGUUGUUCUUGGCAACAAGGUGGACGUAGAUGGUGGCAACAGUCGAGUGGUUUCUGAGAAGAAGGCUAAAGCAUGGUGUGCAGCGAAAGGAGGCAUUCCUUAUUUUGAGACAUCUGCCAAGGAAGACUUCAAUGUAGAUGCGGCAUUUCAGGUUAUUGCUAAGAAUGCAUUGAAGAACGAGACAGAGGAAGAAAUUUACCUGCCCGACACAAUCGACAUGAACGCCAGCAGGCCACAAAAAGCUUCCGGUUGUGAGUGUUAAAAGAACAUUCGAGAAUCUUCCAAUGGUGCCAGAGUUGUCCAGCUAAACAGUGGGGUGAUUGAUUUUCAGGCAUUCAUGUAAAAAGCCAAAACCUGUCUCAAGUGACGUUGUAUGGUCCCCGAAAUCUCAGAUCGUGUUUUACACCAAUGCCAUGGUAGUGUUUUUAGUGGUGGGCUAAUCGUGCAGAUAGUUGACCCAUUGUGUAGAUUGUUGUGAUUUGCUUGGGAUAAUGGUUUCAAGCUAUAGUGGAAUAAGGAAAAACAGAUUCUGGGUUGGUUCUAAUUAUUCCUUGUUGGAAAUGCUUACUAAUUUUUUGAACAUAUCAGUAAUGUAAAACCAACACUUGUAAAAAGAAAAUGUUUUGUAUCA